ACGUGGUAGCGUCAAACCCGGAAGCGACACCGACAGCUGAGGCGGUUGGUCUCUCUUACCUGCCAGGUGCCCGUGAGAGUUUGGAACAACCAGAAGCGAAACCUAAGAUGUUAACGGGAAUAUUUUUGUUUCUUUUAGACGAAUAAACCAGCCUCGAUCCAACGAACGUGCCGCGAAACGCUGUUUUCUUAGCGGACGAUGCUCCGCCGCGGCCACGUCUGUGUUUUGCUCCUGAGCUUGUACUGUUGUGGAAGUGUGUCCGCUUGCGAAGGAGAGCCAGAGACUCCGGACUGGAGGAUGACUCUGAAAACGAUCCGUAACGGAAUACACAAGAUCGACACGUACCUGAACGCAGCGCUGGACCUGUUCGGCGGCGAUGACGGGUUGUGUCAUUAUAAGUGUGGUGAUGGUUACAAGCCGGCGCCUCGUCCCGGAUACAAGAAACCCCCCCCGAACGGAUGCGGCUCCCCGCUGUUUGGAUUCCAGUUUGACAUUGGCAUCCCAUCCAUGACCAAAUGUUGUAACCAACAUGACCGCUGCUACGACACCUGCGGCAGCGAGAAGCACGACUGCGAUGAGCAGUUCCAGGACUGUCUGGAGACCAUCUGCAGGAAUGUGCAAAGAACUCUGGGAUUGGCCCAAAGUGUCCAAGCUUGCGAGUCGGCAGUGACUCUGCUGUUUGACGCGGUUAUGCACAUGGGAUGUAAGCCGUACCUGGACAGCCAGAGGGAGUCUUGCGUGUGUCAGUAUGAAGUGAAGAAGGAACUGUGACAUCGACCGCAGGAUCAAGACUGUGGGA